AUGUGUUCCACGAACCCAGGCAACUGGGUCACAUUUGAUGACGACCCCACUUUUCAGUCUUCUCAAAAGUCAAAGAAUUUCCCUCUGGAGAAUCAAGGCAUUUGUCGGCCAAAUGGACUUAAACUGAACCUUUCUGGCCCUAAGGAAUUUCCCAGUGGGUCUUCCUCUACCAGCAGCACCCCUCUCUCCUCUCCCAUCGUAGACUUUUACUUCAGUCCAGGACCUCCAAGUAACUCUCCUCUUUCUACACCUACCAAAGACUUCCCAGGUUUUCCUGGCAUCCCCAAAGCAGGGACUCAUAUGCUUUAUCCUAUUCCAGAAUCAUCUUCAAGCAGUCCAUCUAUAACAGCAACAGGUUCUUCCUCACUGGCUACUAAGCCAACCUGUUUCUCCCAAGCUUCCUUACCCAGCGACCACUCAUGUAUACAUCCAGCCUCCAAAGUGGGUCUUGCAGAUGAAAUGAGCCCUCACCAGGCUGAAGGGUUCCAAAGUGAUACUCCCCAAUUUCAGUAUUUUCGGGAAGACUGUGCCUUUUCAAGUCCGUUCUGGAAAGAUGAAGGCAGUGCUUCCCAGCUCACCUUUGACCCUCCAGGAAGCAGAAAGAUCUUCCCAUCAAGAGACAAAGAAGUGCCUGUGGAUCAAAAAGGCUUAAAUCAGUGUUCACUCAGCUACAUCUGUGAGAAGCUUGAAUAUCUCCAAUCAGCUGAGAACCAAGACUCAUUUGCAAAUUUGUCUGUGCAGCGUCUAUAUGCGGAAGACGCUGCCUCUUCCUUUGUCCCCCACAUGCUCUUCAGGAGUCAGCCGAAAGCUGGAUGGCCUUUCAUGAUGAGAAUUCCGGAGAAGAAGAACAUGAUGUCUUCUCGUCAGUGGGGGCCAAUUUUUCUAAAAGUCUUACCUGGAGGAAUUCUGCAAAUGUAUUAUGAGAAGGGGUUAGAAAAACCAUUUAAAGAGUUACAGCUCGAUCCAUACUGCAGGCUUUCUGAACCCAAAGUUGAGAACUUUAGUGUGGCAGGAAAAAUCCAUACUGUGAAGAUUGAACAUGUGUCUUACACAGAAAAAAGGAAAUACCAUUCUAAGACAGAAGUAGUUCACGAACCAGACAUAGAACAAAUGCUGAAGUUGGGGUCCACAGAGUACCAUGACUUCCUCGCCUUUCUGACCACUGUGGAGGAGGAGCUGAUAAAGCUGCCAGCUGUUUCAAAACCAAAGAAGAACUAUGAGGAGCAAGAAAUUUUCCUGGAAAUUGUGGACAACUUUUGGGGUAAAAUCACUAAAGAAGAAGGAAAGUUGGUUGAAAGCGCUGUGAUAACUCAAAUUUCUUGCCUCUGCUUUGUGAAUGGCAACACUGAAUGCUUUUUAACCUUGAAUGACCAUGAGCUACAGAAGCAAAAUGAACGCUAUUUUGAGAAAGAUCCAGAAAAGAAGGGGAUUGAUAUUCUUGACUGUCAUUUUCAUAAGUGUGUGAAAGCACAAGAAUUUGAGCAAUCAAGAAUCAUUAAGUUUGUACCUCUGGAUGCCUGCAGGUUUGAGCUGAUGCGCUUCAAAACUUCACACAGCGGGGAAGAUCUUCCCUUUUCCCUGAAGUCAGUAGUGGUUGUCCAGGGGGCGUAUGUGGAGCUUCAGGCCUUUGUCAACAUGGCCCCGUUGGUCCAGAGACCAUCCCAUGCCGGUUCCUUGAGGUCCUGUGACAACAUAAUGAUACACUUUCCUGUCCCAUCUCAGUGGAUCAAGGCCCUCUGGACCAUGAACCUCCAGAGGCAGAAGUCCCUGAAAGCCAAAAUGAACCGCCGGGCGUGUCUGGGGAGUUUACACGAACUUGAAUCUGAACCUGUCAUACAGGUCACAGUGGGGUCCGCAAAAUAUGAGAGUGCCUACCGGGCUGUGGUAUGGAAGAUAGACCGGCUUCCUGAUAAAAAUUCAAGUCCUGAUCAUCCCCAUUGUUUGUCUUACAAACUAGAACUUGGAUCAGACCAAGAAAUUCCCUCCGAUUGGUAUCCAUUUGCUACUGUUCAGUUUGGGAUCCUUGACACCACUGCUUCAAGGACAGAGGUCAGGUCUCUGGGGGUGGAGAGUGAUGUCCAGCCACAGAAACACAUUCAUCAUCGGUCUUGCUACAACAUCCAGGCUAAACUUUACAGAUCUGUAAUUGAAGAUGUGAUUGAAGGAGUGAGGGAUCUCUUUGCUGAAGAAGGUGUAGAAGAACAAGUCUUAAAAGACUUGAAACAGCUCUGGGAAACAAAGGUUUUGCAAUCUAAAGCCACAGAAGACUUCUUCAGAAAUAGUGUUCAUUCACCUCUGUUCACACUUCAGUUGCCACACAGCUUGCACCAAACAUUGCAAUCAUCAGCAGCAUCGUUAGUUAUUCCUGCUGGUAGAACUCGUCCCAGUUUUAGCGCAGCAGAACUGGGCACCUCAAACUCCAGUGCAAGCUUUACUUUUCCUGGUUAUCCUAUUCAUGUACCAGUGGGUGUGACACAACAGACUGCAUCUGCUCACCUUUAUAAAGUCAGUGUACCAUUUAUGGUGACACAGACUUCUGAAAGAGCAAGUAUUCUUCAGCCUCCAGUUCAGCAAGUGUUUCAGCUGCUUGGGCAGCCGUCAAUAAUACAGACCAGUAUUCCACAAUUAAACCCAUGUUUUCUUCAAGCAACUACUGAAAAAUCACUGAGAAUGGAAACUAUGCUCCAGCAACCUAUAGCUCUUCCUUCUGAGACAGUGGAUAGGAAACAUUUAGAAAACACUGGAAAUGAGGAUAAAAUCAUAUCUGAAGCCUUAUUGAAUCAGCUGGUAAGCUCUCAGUACAUCAGCUUUCCAGGUGUUGUAUUUACUCCACAAGCCUCUCAAGCAGGUUCCAAUGUGGAGCCAGCGCUCCAGGUUUCAACUCGCAUGACUCAAAAUCUGCCUGGGCCCCUUUCCACUAGCCCUCAGGGAGCUCAGCAGCAGCACGUGCCUGAGGCUCAGCCUCGUGUUCUUAAAAACAAGAUGUGUGGAUGUGAUUCUGUAAAGCAGCCAAGAAAUACAGAGGAACCCAGCAGCCUACCUGUCUCAGAGAAGGAUUCCAGUUCUCAGAUGGAUCUGAGCAUUCAGGUAACUGAUGGUGACAUUAAUGAGAUAAUUCAAAUAGGUGGAACUGGAGAUACAUCUUCCAAUGAUGAAAUAGGAAAUACAAGACAUGUAGAUGAGAAUGGAUUGCUAGGGAUUAUUGGUGCAGGAGACCUGAAGGUGCCUGAAGAAGAAACUGGCAGUGUAUCAAAUGAAGAUUCAAGUGUGAACAGUAGUGAUAAUGAAGACCCCGAGAUAGACCUUGUGGAAGAAGACCCUUUAAAUUCUGGAGAUGAUGUUAGUGAGCAAGAUGUGCCAGACCUGUUUGAUAUGGAUAAUGUAAUUGUCUGUCAGUAUGAUAAGAUUCAUCGAAGCAAGGACAAAUGGAAAUUCUAUCUGAAAGAUGGUGUUAUGUGUUUUGGAGGGAGAGACUAUGUAUUUGCAAAAGCCAUUGGUGAUGCAGAGUGGUAA